GAGUAAGUGGAAUCUUCACUUCAACAUUAUCAUUUUCAUGGCAUUAACUAACUAUUUCUCAUUCUCACAACAACACACUUCCCAUUUUACACUUUCCAUUUUCUCACAACCAUGCUCAAUUCCCCUAUACUCUCCCUUUCUAACCACACCCCCAUCAUCUACCAUCACACCCCACCUACAAAGUUUCAAUCUUUACCUUCAUGUAGCUAUGGAAGACCUGAAUUUUCAUCUGGGUCAUGCUCAAAUGCUUUUAGAAGAAAAGGGGUGGUGGUGAAAGUGAAAGGGAUGAUGAAGUUGGAGGAAGAAGUGGUGGAAAGUGGGAAGAGAGGUGAUUUUGGUGAAGGGUUUGAUGCAAUUGUUAUUGGGUCUGGGAUUGGUGGGUUGGUUGCUGGGACUCAAUUGGCUGUGAAAGGUGCAAAAGUUUUGGUUUUGGAGAAGUAUGUUAUACCUGGUGGGAGUUCUGGGUUUUAUCAUAGGGAGGGGUAUACUUUUGAUGUUGGUUCUUCUGUUAUGUUUGGUUUCAGUGAUAAGGGUAAUCUCAACUUGAUAACACAAGCAUUGGAAGCAGUUGGUUGUCGGAUGCAGGUAAUACCUGAUCCGACAACUGUUCAUUUUCAUCUACCAAACCACCUCUCUGUUCGAGUGCACAGAGAAUAUGAUAAGUUCAUUGAAGAACUGACGAGUUACUUUCCCCACGAAAAGGACGGCAUCUUAAAAUUCUAUGGUGAAUGCUGGAAGAUUUUCAAUGCUCUGAAUUCGUUGGAGCUGAAAUCGCUUGAGGAGCCACUCUACCUUUUUGGACAGUUUUUUCAGAAGCCACUUGAAUGCUUGACAUUAGCCUAUUAUUUGCCUCAAAAUGCUGGAGCCAUAGCCAGGAAGUAUAUUCAGGAUCCACAGUUGUUGUCUUUCAUAGAUGCUGAGUGUUUUAUAGUGAGCACCGUCAACGCUUUGCAGACUCCAAUGAUUAAUGCUAGCAUGGUUCUGUGUGACAGACACUUUGGUGGGAUUAACUACCCUCUCGGGGGUGUUGGUGGCAUUGCAAAGUCCUUGGCAAAAGGUCUAGUUGAUCAGGGUAGUCAGAUACUUUACAAGGCAAAUGUCACGAGUAUUAUCACCGAGCAGGGCAAAGCCGUAGGAGUGAGGCUUUCAGACGGCAGAGAGUUUUUUGCCAAAACCAUAAUAUCAAAUGCUACCAGAUGGGACACAUUUGGAAAGUUAGUAAAAGGAGAAUCACUACCAAAAGAGGAAGAGAACUUCCAAAAAGUUUAUGUUAAAGCUCCAUCUUUUCUUUCAAUACACAUGGGGGUUAAAGCAGAGGUUUUACCACCAGAUACAGAUUGUCACCAUUUUGUGCUUGAGAACAAUUGGACCAGUUUGGAGGAACCAUAUGGAAGUAUCUUUUUGAGUAUACCAACCAUACUUGAUUCAUCAUUAGCUCCUGAAGGUCGUCAUAUCCUUCAUAUAUUCACAACUUCUUCAAUGGACGAUUGGCAGGGUCUCUCAAGAAUCGAUUAUGAGGCAAAGAAGCAGGUGGUAGCAGAUGAAAUCAUAAGCAGAUUAGAGAAGAAAUUGUUUCCAGGUCUUAGAUCAUCCAUCGAUUUUAUAGAGGUAGGGACACCAAAGACACAUCGACGAUACCUUGCCCGUGACGAGGGUACUUAUGGACCAAUGCCACGCAGCAUUCCAAAGGGGUUGUUAGGAAUGCCGUUUAAUACAACAAGCAUAGAUGGUCUUUACUGUGUUGGAGACAGUUGCUUCCCUGGACAAGGUGUUAUUGCCGUAGCUUUCUCAGGAGUUAUGUGUGCACAUCGAGUAGCUGCAGAUAUUGGGUUGGAGAAAAAGUCACCUGUUUUGGAUGGCAUGCUGCUUGGGUUGCUUGGUUGGUUAAGAACACUGGCAUGAUUGUUAUAAUUUGUCUGAUACGUGAGUCUAUAUGUAUUAUCCUGUAUAACAUUAGUUUUAUUAAUUUUAUUUUAAUUUUGUUGGGGAUGGAGGGGAAUGGACUCCUCACAUUUACACAGUUAUAGAACUAGGGCAUUCGAUCAGACAACAUAUAAUCUUGAGAUGUAUUUAAAAGAAAUUUUUGUAAAGCCGGAAUUGUGAGCUGCUACAUCGCAAUUUGAUGGACAAGAUGGCUUAGCUGCAUGGAAAUGCGGGAUUUAGUAACUGCAGAGAAUCCUAUUUUGGGAGUCAGGGGCUGUGACUGUGAAAUGUAAAUGAUCUCUGUAUCAUUUGUUUUCUUUUAUCCAAACGAAGAGUUAUACUUAUACAAGAAAUUCCUUUCUGUAACUA